AUGAUUUCUACAACAACCGAUGAUGCACGUUUUGAAAUCAUUAAUUACAUAAAUUCGAUAUUCCAUACAUGGCAAAAAAAUACACAACAUAUAUCAGAGUUAAAAUCUAGUUUAGGGCAAUAUUUUGACAAUCUUAGCAUUGAAGUAAAUAAAGAUAAAGCCGUUGAUUCAAUUAAAGCCGCAGUAGAAUUAAUGGAUGAUCUAUGGAAAAAAGCUCAUCCUACAUUAAAACGUGCAGCCUCAAUCGGUAUACAAAUAAAAUUUUCUAACUUGGUUGAAGUGCUUUCGGAUGAAAAACACAUGGAGCUUGAAGAAAAUGAUGAUGAGAAUAAUGGCAAUUCCAAGCCUGUUACAUUGCCAAUAUCAAAACCAAUGAAGCCUCAGGAUCGCCAGUUGCGUUCUACGACCGUGCAUUCUCGUAGCACUGCGAAUGAGCCAACAACAACUUCUACAUCCGAUGGAGAAGAAAAUGAGGAAGAGACGAGUAGAACACCACCACCAGUUUUGCCAAAACGUGUUAAAAGAAAAAUUAUUGUUAGCUCAUCGGAAGAAGAACAGGAAGUUGAGCAACCGAGUAACCGCAAAAAUCGUUCAUCACGUGCACGCUCUUCUCAAACGACAUCCUCAAGAUCCACUAUGAACACCCCCCAACUUUCAGGUGGUAAACGCAAGGGUACUAUUCCAACUGCUUCGCGGAAAAAACAACCAAAAGUUUCUGAAAAAUCAUCUUGA